AAUACAUGGUGGCAGGGUCGGACUGACCAUUUGGAAACUCGGGCACUGCCCGAGGGCCGGGGUCAGUAGGGGUCCCCAUGAGAUGCCCCUGGUACCUUUUUCAUAGGCUUUUUGAGUUUGGGAAAGGACACAGGGGCCCCAUGAUCCCCUAUUGCCGGGGGCCCCAUGAGUUGUCAGUCUGCCCCUGCAUGUAAGUAAGCAGAUCAGGAAAGUCAUAUCUCCAUAUCCGCAUACCUGUUCAGAUCAGAGACUCAUAAAAUUAAAGUCAAAGGGUUAGCA